AUGGAAGCUGCAAUCGGAGCCGGCAUCGAGACCAUUAAGGCCAUAAACAUCAUCAUUGGAGACCUCCGCAGCACGCCUGCUAUUGUCCAAAGAAUAAUGUCAAAGUCUGCUCAACUACGCGGUCUGCUGGAGGCCCUACAACGCAAGUCACAAACCCAAAUCCUCAGCGAUGCGGGCACGAAGGGUUGGCUUGAACAGCAGCACCACUGCAAUAGGACCCUACGCCGAAUCGAAGACAUAUUGGAGGAAUACGCCAAAGGGAGCACAGCGAAAGUCCCCAUUUUAUCCGCCAUAACAUUUGAGUUUGGACCAAAGGGGGAGCUUAUAGAGCACAUGAAGGACCUGGAAGACAGUGUGAAGAAUUUCAUUUGGCAUUCUAAAAUAGUUCAACCCGGUCCGAAGGCGGGGUUCAUGGAACCUCCCCAACGUCGUGACAAUCUGCCAUCUCGAAACCAGGCGCCAGCGAUGUCGCUUUCCCAGUUCGUCCAGAAGCAGACUGGCUCGUUGUGA